CACCCAGAGACCCUUGAGCACUCAGCUUUGUGACUGUUGCUCAGAUUGGACGCACCGGGAAUGGGAUCUCUUGUGAGAGUGAAGAAAAACUUCCAAUUUUUCCGCGUUUACGCUCUGCAGAGACUACUCUUCAUCCUGCGGGAAUAGCUGCUCAAGUAGAGAACAGGGAAGACGACAAAUGAAAAAUAGGUAAAUCAGUUGGGAAGAGGAGUUAGAAAAGAAACACGAAUGGGAUGAAAUAUUGUAACUUACCUUAUUUAUGCACUAACGUAACACGCUCCUAUAUAUGCGCUUGACAUUGUAAAAUGAGGCUUUAAAUAUUACAGUAGGCUAGGCUAAUUUGGGAAAAGGGGAGAGAAUAUUGACAUUCAAAUUAGGCAACGCUUGCGUAAAAGCGCACGAGGACCAGGGUAAUCCACUAAAAUUAAAAACGAUCAAUUGGAAUUUGACCAGGAAAGACAAUACAAUUCUGCUAAGUAUUGUGGGUAGUGUAUGGAGAGAGGCGCAGCAAAAUUGCCAACCUGUAGAUUAUUACUGGUCUCACAGAUAAAACCAUGGCAAAGUGGUUUAAAGAUUUCCCGACUAGUCUGAAAAGUGGGACCGAUCGCAUCCGUUCGGCCUCGGAAUCAGGUGCCCAUGGUCGGCCAAAAGGUAUAGUGGCAGCAGGUACUGGGGCAAAGGGCAGUGUGCGUAAAAAUUCAGAAAAUGGUAACAGUGGAGGUGGUGUGGGUUCAUUGCUUUCCGGGAGAAAUCGGAAAAAUUCGGCAAUUGAAUUGGGACGGAAUCAACCAAGUACUGGGGCAAGUCCUCUGAAAGAUGGAAAGAUAUGGGAAAUCUUUAUUCCUGGGAAAGGCAAGAAGAGCCCUAAGUUUGACGGAGGAUUCGAAGAUCACCGAACCCUCAGGACCUCAAGUCUGGCAGAUGCUUACAUCAACAGAAUGAUCAAGGUGGACAAACAAGACAAAGGCCAAAAGCACAAUUUCGGGACUGGAGAUGCAACAGCUGCAGACAACGAGAAAGGAAAGGCAACUUUGAAGACGGAAACGUUGAUAAUCCUGGAGGAUUACGCUGACCCAUUUGAUGCUGAGAGAACGAAGGAGCAGAGAGACGCUGAGAGAGAAGGAGAGAAUGAUGGCUACAUGGAGCCCUACGACGCCCAGCUCAUUAUUACAGAAAUCCGCCGGCGAGGCUCGCGGGAUCUGCUGAAGGUGUGUGUGGUGCUGAAGGGCGAGGAGGAGGGCGGCACGACCCAGAUCUACGAUGUGCCCUACGAGGAGGUGCUGGAGGGCAUCCCCCUGACCCGGCCCGAGUGCGACCCCCGGCCCCAAGCCGAGUACGAACUCCCCUGGGAGUGGAGGAAAGAGCAGAUCGUCAGAGCCCUGUCAGCCCAGCUUGAUGGAGUGGAGAGCGUGACCAGCAGUAAAGAGGACACAGUGCUCUCCCCUCGGCAGCAGAGACAGAAGAGCUGGACCCCCAAAACGCUGCGUCCUUCUCCCCCGUCCCCCACACUCACCCCCACCCCUGCUGCCCCAACCGACAGUGACACAAAACCUGUGGACCCCACUGUACCACUGGAGAAGCAAAGCUGGUACCACGGCUCAGUGAGUCGGCAGGAGGCGGAGGCCCAGCUGCAGAACUGCAAGGAGGCCAGCUUCCUGGUGCGCGACAGCGAAUCAUCAACCAGCAAAUACUCCAUCGCCUUAAAAACCAGUCAGGGCUGUGUCCACAUCAUCGUGGCGCAGACCAAGGAGAGCGGCUACACUCUGGACCAGAGUAGUUGUGUGUUCCCCAGCAUCCCGGAGGUGGUGCACCACUACUGCACCCAGCGCCUGCCCUUCACCGGAGCCGAGCACAUGACCCUCCAGCAUCCUGUGCCUCGCACACAUUAGUGACCCCCUCAUCACGUGAUGACUCUCCAGCACCCUGUGCCUCGCACACAUUAGUGACCCCCUCAUCACGUGAUGACCUGACCUGUCGGGCACGUCCAGCGAAAGUUAAACUUUGAUAGAGAAGACACAAAGAAGAGCCCAUUCCCUGCACACACACUGGCCCUAAAACAAACAUACUUCCUCUACAUGUACACCUACACACAGACACACACAAUCAAACACGAACCACACACACACACACACACACACACACACUCACACUCACACAUACACUCACACACACACACACACACACACACACACACACACACACACACACACACACACACACACACACACACACACAGACAGACACACACAUACACGCACUCAAACACACACACAGACAUUGGCCUUAUUAUUAUGUUAUUAUUGAUUACCCAAAUGUAAAUCCAUCUACAAACUGGCCUCAGCCAGCUAUGCCAUCCCCACUGAAAUAGAGAGCAAGAACUGCUCCAGUCAUCGUCCAGAACCCUCACCCACCCCUGCCUCACACCGAAGAGCCUACAUGAAUGACCUCAAUGACAUGACGAUAUCUCAUGUCAUUUACACAGUUACACAUUUACAGUGAGCCUAGAGCAUAAUGCAUGCACACUCAAACCAUAAUGUGGCCUGAUAUCAGUAAGCACUGGAAACCCACUUUUACCCACUCGAAACCCAAAAGGACACUUUUAUCUAAAGAGAUUUAACUUUGGCCCAAGUAAAGACCUGACACACAAACAGUUACAUAGUCACACACAGGGUAGGGCACACACACACACACACACACACACACACACAAACAUCUACACUGACCUCUUCAGAACACCUGAAACACCCACUAUUUACUAAUUCACUAAUUUAAAUUACCAUUAUAAAAUGUAUUAAAUUCAAAUAUGUUUUCAAUUCUGAAUGGGGUGUGAAAAAACUCUCAAAUAUUUUUUACUUAAAAAAAAAAAAAAAAAUGUUUAGUACUUUUUUAAACCACACGCCAAGUGCCAUAUAGUCUGAUAGCUUUGUGUAAUGUUAAUCUCAUGUUGUGAUGUUGAUUUGUGGAAGAGGUAGUAUUCGUUGGUGACGUUUGAUGUUCUGUAUUCUGGGAAUCAGGAGUGCCGUCGCGUCAUCGGUUCGUGCCGAGCAGUGUGACUGAUAUUAUAACCCGCUUGAGGGUAGAGACUCCACCGCACAGCCUAGUGGCCAUACUCCACCACUGCACUGGCCCACUGUUUCCAAUUCCACAGUGCUGCUUUCCAAUUCACCGCAUUAAGGGCGUGUUAUCGCUCGGUGGCAACAGGCACGGCGCGCGACUUAACACGCUUCAAAUAAAGGACAUAUUUUUAGUAAACAAAAGCAGAGUCUUUUGUGAAACGUGUUUUUGUCCUUCUCUUGCUUGUUUCACUGUGUGUUAUAUUGUUCAGUGUGUACAUUGUCUGCAUGACACCCCCCCCCCCCCCUCCCCACACCCACAUUCAUUUAUUUUUUUGUGUUUGUACUUUUUGAUUUUGAGCAAGCCAAGAUUAGCUUGUUUGGUCGGAUCAAUAGACCAAAGUGAAGCGCCCAGCUCAAUCAAAUACAAUUAAUUAAAGCCGUUGAUUGAGCACC